CUUGCUGGAUUAAAACACGGCUGGAGCCAAAUGAUUUAAGAAGCAACCAUAGAGAUUUCAUCCCAUAAACACAUCCACACGCCACAGAUGACACGGAGAGAGAGAGCGAGAGAGAGAAACAACGCAGCAGUCACAGGAAUGGAGGAUCAGGUGGAUCGUGGCUUCUUCAGGAAAGUGGAUGUACCAGAUCAUGCACACUAUAUAGUGGCGUUUUUUGUAGCAAUAAUCGGGGCUUUAGGGAUCACUGGGAAUAUCCUGGUCAUGUAUGCCUUCUUCAGUAACAAGAAGCUUCGAACACCACCAAACUACUUCAUCAUGAACCUCGCGGUGAGCGAUCUUCUCAUGGCCGUCACUCAAUCGCCCAUCUUCUUUGUCAACUGCUUAUACAAGGAAUGGGUGUUUGGUGAAAUGGGUUGUAAGAUGUACGCCUUCUGCGGGGCAUUGUUUGGAAUCACAUCCAUGAUCAACCUGUUGGCGAUUUCAAUCGACCGCUACGUCGUGAUCACCAAACCCUUACAGUCCAUUCAGUGGACAUCCAGACGUCGAACGCUCCUCAUCAUCCUAACGGUCUGGAUCUACUCGCUGGCCUGGAGUCUGGCACCUCUUCUGGGAUGGAGUUCUUAUAUUCCAGAAGGCCUCAUGACUUCUUGCACGUGGGACUAUGUGACAUCGACUCCAGCGAACAAGAGCUACACACUGAUGCUCUGCUGUUUUGUCUUCUUCAUUCCUCUGGGAAUCAUCUCAUACUGCUACAUCUUCAUGUUCCUCGCCAUUCGUAAUGCCAGCAGAGAUAUGGAGAAGAUGGGAAGUCAAAUGAGGAAAACCACCCUGACCCAGGAACAGUCCAUCAAGACAGAAUGGAAGCUGGCAAAGAUUGCGUUUGUGGUCAUCAUUGUCUUUGUGUUGUCCUGGUCUCCGUAUGCCUGUGUCACUCUUAUUGCCUGGGCAGGGUACAGCCACGUUCUUUCACCGUACUCAAAGGCAGUACCUGCAGUGAUCGCCAAAGCAUCAGCAAUAUACAACCCAUUCAUCUACGCCAUCAUACGCUCCAAUUACAGAGACACACUUGCAGAGAAAGUGCCAUGUUUGCAUUUUCUAGCGCAGUCAUCACGUAAAGACUUCAUCUGUGUGUCGAACAGCGAGUCUUCAUUCAGAGAACCUGUGAUCAGCAGACCGUCCUCUGGAUUUCAGUGUGUCUCCUCCAUCUCUACUGGUGACACGGUCUGGAGUGAUGUUGAGUUAGAUCCUAUGGACCAGGAGGGUCAGUUUCUCAAAAAUUCACAAUCAGCCAAUCAGCUGCUAGACGAAACGCUGAAGACUCAUCAGGGAAAGAUGGAGAUGAAGGGAAGCUCAGGAGAAGACAUCAGUAAAGAGACGCUUAGCUGGGCUUUGAGAAGUUCUGGUCCUGACACGAUAUCUGAGUCUGUCAUCAUGUCCACCAUACCUCUCCUCAUGACCAAAGACAAUCCAGAGGAAGAUUCCCUAACAGGACAGGAGGACAGUAUCUCUGUAUGACUUGCGAGCAAAGGUUUGGCUUUUUAUGAAGACACAGACACACCUGUCAGCCUCACAUCUGAGAAGGAUCUGCUGGAGGAGAAAACCAGAGAAGAUGAGUUUAUAUUCGGCCUGAGGACCUCAACUGAGCUCUUAGAUUCUGUGCAGAAGUUUCUGUCCUGAAGAUCCUCUUUAAAGAGACACAGAAGACCUCUGGAUUUAACAUCACAUGAAUACUGGAGAUGACAAUGAGAUAUCAGCUGUUAGUAAUGUGGCUCAGUAGGGGAAAUUUCUUCAAUCUCAUGCCAUGUGAGGAGAUACUGUACAAGAUACUUUCACAAUACAGUUACACUUCUACCAUAUGGAUAAAGACACUUUAGAGACAACUUUCUACCAAAACUACAAGCAGUUGAUGAUUGUGUACAAUAUUGUUUAACUGAGAGAGAUUGACUCACAUCAUAAUGAGACAAACAAAAGGUUUCUUAAUUUAAUGAAAUUAUUUUUUAUAUCUUUAGAUUGUAAACUUCACUUUGUCGUGACACUUUCCUGCACCAUUUGAUGUGCUCAAUAAGUGUCACAUUUCUAAAUUAUGCACCCAUGUCUCCCGUGAAUUAUUGUUUAUUCUUCACUUCUUUACUGUAGUGACAUAGCUAAAAGCAUUUCUCCAGUCUCUGUCUAUGUGUAAACUUGUGUAAUCAUGAUCUAAACCUCACAUCAAGCUUUAUAUUCCUAAAAGAUACUCCUUUGCCAAAUUUGACACAUGACAGGCCAUGUCAGUGUUUUUUAAACUGGGAUGGGCCCGUUUUAUGACAUUUUAUAAAAUACACUAAUUUAUCAUAAAAUCUGUGUAAUUAAACCUUAGAAAAUAAGGCUACUAUACCAACAUCACUAUGUUGUAUAAUUUAUUAUUUUUUAAGUUUUAAAAUGGUUUAUUUCAUAUUGCAGUGGAUUAUAAGAAGUGAAGAAAAUCAAGCACAAAAGCCCAGUAUGAUUUUAAUGGCCACAUUUCCAGGAUUACUCCUCAUUUAUCUGGAAAUGAGCGCAUUUGUUCAUUCAAGUACUGAAAGCCUCAGGUUAAGCCUAAAGGUCAAAGCGUUACAUAAAACAGUCACAUGAUGUGCUAACAUAUAAACCUUAUUGUUAAAGAUAUUUGCCAUAUUUGUGUAGAAAGUAUUAGGCCUACCAUACUACAUCAGAGAAUAUCAUAGUGUAUGUCUGAAAAACAUAAUGUUGUCCUUUUAGUGUAAUGUUUCUGAUUUCAUAU